UCAUCCUCCUCAGACGAGUCGUUAUCGUUGAGGGCUUCCUUGUUGAGGUUGGUUCUAUUAGGGAGUGUCGGACAUAGAGAGGAAACCAAGGGUUUGAAGAUGGAAACAGAGCCGUGUUCUAUCUGUCUCGACAAUCUCGUCGUCUCCAGUCGUUCGAACUCGAAACGUGGUGUACCUACACGCAUGACCUGUUCCCAUGUCUUCCACGAUGGUUGUCUCUUGGAGUGGCUUCAACGCAAAAACACUUGCCCUUUGUGUCGGACUGUGCUGUACGAUCGGUCUACGAUUUUGAACAAUGUGGAUUGAAAUUAAGGUUUCGAAGAGGACGUUGGAUGUCGUAGUUCCCAAAAUAUGUAACUUUGUUUUUUUUUUCGUUUAGGGUUUUGAAUCGAUUGAAAGUGAUGAAAUUUAAUAGCAUCAGUACUUACUUCUUAUUACAUAAAUCUCCAAAGUCAAACAUAACUCAAAUGGUUUUAUGAUCACAUACAAGUAACAAAUUAAGUCUUUCU